CAUUUGAUGUGCUUGUUCAUUCAUUGGGCUAGUCAAGGGAGACCCUUCUUCGAUUUUUCUCCCCUCUUGCGGCCUUCCACCGUCGCGGCGCCCGCGGCGUGAAUGGAUUCCAGCUGCUUGGCGGUGCUUCGCGCCAAAGAUCAGGUCAGUAGACAUCGCCUGGCGCCAGCACCGACGACUCAUCGAUGAUCGGAGCUCCGGAUUACCUAGAUUUUGCUGGAGGCGGCGCCGAUCCGCUCGGCAUUGCGAUAGAAUCGUCAACACGGGCGAGAAAUAGUUCUCAUCUUCCCAGGAAAUAGUGUCGCAGCUACAGUCCUUCUGGAGGAUUCUUAGUUCCAGCUCUAGCACUAGCUCCCAUGAUUUGGACAGGAUAGGGGAAGGGAUAGGGGGAUGGAGCAGCAGCAGCAGGGAUUGGUAGUGUGGCUGGGAUUGGUGGUCGUGUUGCGGGCGGCAUGGUGCCUGGACGAAUGCAACGCGACGUGUCUACAAAUCCACACGAGAGCCUGCGAGUCUUGCAAGGGCGCUAUAGGACCGUUCCAGGCGUUUAGAAACGAGGCCUUCCUCUUCAUUGACGCUCCUGACGCUUUAAAUUCUCCGACCAGCGUCGAUUCUCCCAGUGGCAGGCCUUGCGCUGUCAACGAUAUCCUUUGCCAGGGGCCGCCAUCGACAGAGGAGAAGCACUGCUGCGCAAGCUGCGAGGGUGAGACGGUCAAGUGUAAGCUCUUUACGUUCUCGCCGUCAUUCAACAAGUCCAACCAAAACACCGUCCAAGUUUUCUUCUGGAACGAGGCGGAUGGUCCGUCGACCAGGGCGGUCAGCACCACCGCUACUCCUCCACCACCGCACUCGUGUUCUUCGGCCGGUUGCAACUCAACGCUUGGAUCUUGCUCGAGAAAAGCUUGCCCGCCAGGCUGCCGGUGUAAGAAGUCCUCCAAAAAGACCAUGUUCAUCAUAGGUGGAGCAUCUGGUGCCGGGCUUCUCUUCGUGCUUGUCUGCUUGAUCGUCUUCGUUGCAAGGAGGAGGCAUCUCUCUGCGAGAAGGCGAUGCCGCAGCGACCGAGCACAGAUCCUCACCGACGCAACCUGCGCCUACACUCCCAUGGUGUUCACGUUCAGGGAGCUUAAAACAGCAACUAAAUCCUUCGCCGAGAGCAGGCUUCUAGGAGGCGGAGGAUUCAGCACGGUCUACCAGGGCAAACUCCCCGACGGUCGCAUCGUAGCGGUCAAGAAACUCAACCAGGGAAACAAGCAGGGAAUCCAGCAAUUUCAGAACGAAGUCAACAUUCUUUCACAGGUCCGGCAUCCAAACUUGGUCCAGCUUCUCGGCUACUGCCUCGAAGGCCGGGACUUACUGCUGGUCUACGAAUUCGUCCUCAAUGGAACUCUAGCCGACCACCUACACGGCGAGAAAGGAAACGGGCUCUCUCUCGAGACUCGGAUCACAAUCGCACUGGAAACCGCUCAAGCACUGGCCUACCUGCACUUCUACGUCAAGCCACCGAUCUACCACAGGGACGUGAAGACGUCCAACAUUCUCCUGGACAAGGAUUUCAAGGCCAAGGUGGCGGACUUUGGGCUCUCCCGGCUCACGCACCUGGACGCAACGCACAUAUCCACGGCUCCCCAGGGAACUCCCGGCUACCUCGACCCGGACUACCACGAGAGCUACCAGCUGACGGACAAGAGCGACGUCUACAGCUUUGGCGUCGUCCUCCUCGAGCUCAUCUCCAGGAAGAAGGCCGUGGACAUGACGCGGGACAAGAAGGAGAUCAACCUGGCAUCCAUGGCCCUCGCUCGGAUCCACUCGGGCGCGUUACACGAGCUCUUCGAUCCGGACCUGAGCGUCAAGUACUGGAAGCUCUUGACGAGGCUGGUGGAGGUGGCGUUUCGGUGCUUGGCGGCGGAGAAGGACGAUCGGCCAAGCAUGGUGGAGGUCGUCCGGGAGCUGGAGCAGCUUAGCGGCAUGACGAUCAGCUCCAGCAGCUCCAAGAAAUCGUCGAGAUUCAAGCUGGAGCACCAAAGUUCCGGCGAGCUCCGGAAGCAGAGGAGUGUGGCCAGCACUAACAUGGAGGAGGAUUCUCCCACGUCGGUGCAAGUCAAGUGGCCCAGCACUCACACAUCUCCCAGUAACAGCAGAUCAGAGAUUUAUAACUGAUCCGAAAACUUUGGAAAAAUCUUCUUUUUUUUCUCUCUUUUCUCUUCACAAAGCCUGGGAUCUGUGUUUUGUACAUUAUAUAUUUAUAUAAUGUAUAUAUUCCAGAGAACUUUUUUA